AUGCCUUUUGGCCAGCUGAAGUUCAAGGAGCUGGGCGAGGAGGAGCCCACCUGGGAGGAAGAGAGCCUGGACAGUGUGAAGGCGCUGACGGCCAAGCUGAAGUUGCAGACGCGGAGACCUUCCUACCUGGAGUGGGAAGCCCGGGUGCGAGGGCAGCCCUGGCGCAGCCGGACUCCCGGAGAGCUGAUGCGCCUGCGGGCGCAGCUGUACCGGCUGAAGGUGGAGCAGGCUUGCCACCAGCACAAGGAGAUGCUGGACGAUGCUACCUUCGGCCUCGAGGGCUGCGAGGAAGACUCAGACCUGCUCUGCAACAUCCCACCCAAGGCCGCCUUCCUGCUCUCCAUGCCGCUCAAGCACAUCGGCGUCACCCGCAUGAACAUCAACUCCCGACGGUUCUCCCUCUGCUAA